AGCAGAUUUUUCAUAGUCUGAAGAGUUGACGAGGCCUCUCUUCAGUCAAAUUUCUACGCCGCUAAAAUGUGCACCAAAAUCUUUCUUGCUCUUGCUGCUGUUUUCUGUGUUCUGCGUGCGGGCAAUGCUUACUCCAUUAACCAUGAAACAGAGAAAGUAGUUUCUGGGCAAUACAUAACUGUGAAUGGAAGGGAACUUUUCGUUGGAACCGACUGGAUAUUUGCUCCAGACGCCCAGGAGCAGUGCAGAUCAAUCCAAAAGAACCUUAUUUCCUUUGAAACAGCUGCCGAGUAUACGACUUUGAUGGACUAUUUGCGCGCAAAUAAUUACAACUACCAAGUCUUCUGGACCUCGGGCGUGAGGAACGCAGGAGAGUCGCAGUUUUACUGGAAUGCAACCCAGACUGCCUUCACUGACACUUUCUGGGCCUACCUGCAGCCUAACAAUGCGUUGAGCACACAGGCGUGCGUGCAAUUCACUGUGGAGCCAGAUACCCUUGCCCUUUGGUAUGACACUCCAUGCGAUGAGUACAUCACGUUUAUUUGCGAAUAAUUUUUAAAUGCAAAAUAUUUAAAGAAAAUUACGAUUUUCAUCUGACUUAUUGUUUUUAAAUUUCAUUCUGAAAAUAAACAAAAAUAUUAGAAAUCUAAA